AUGUUCCCCCGGCUUCUCUUGGUGCUCAUGGGCCUCUGUGCUGCUGUCCGCGAGGCGACUCGCGAGAUGACUGACCAGAUGACCGACGAGGUAACCAACGAGGUGACCAAUGCGGACACCAACAGGGAAUUAAGGUGGCGUUGCUAUUGUGACGGUGAGGAGCUCAUGGUGACGCCGACCGAGCAAUAUUGCACGGCCGCGUGCCCCGGAGAGUGCGAAAAAGAAGCCCAAAGGCUAGCCAGAAGAGCACGUGGCCGUAAAGGCGAGGAUAAAGCCGAGCGUAAAGGCGAGGGAGUAUGUCGCUUCAUGGAUUUCGAAGGUUGA